UGUGGAUGCAUGUACCCAGUCGACUACGAUCCCGUGAGCCACCUGAACGAACUCUUCGCGCACCCGACGACGCUGUCAUCGAUCAGCCAGGUGUCUCAGACACUCGGAAAGCGGCAGAAUGAGCUGCUGAGCGAGAUUGACGGGUUGGAGCAGCGACAGGCGUACCAGCCCAACUCGAGUCUGGAGCGGAUGCAGUCGGCGCAGGCGGAGCUAGCGCAGCUAUUCCGCAAGAUCGAGGCUGUGCGAUCACGAGCGGCCGAGACGGAACAGAACAUAACAUCGAUGACGGCGGACAUCAAGAGGCUGGACGGGACGAAGCGCAACCUGACGCUCAGCAUGACGGCGCUGAAGCGGCUGCAGAUGCUGACGACGGCGUACGACCAGCUGCGCGGGCUGGCCAAGACGCGGCAGUACCGGGAGUGCGCAGGGCUCCUGCAGGCCGUGAUACAGCUCAUGAAGCACUUCAACAGCUACCGGAGCAUCGAGAACAUUGCGGCGCUGAGCCGCGGGGUGGCCGAGCUCCAGAGGGAGCUGCUGGAGCAGGUGUGCGAGGACUUCGAGAUGGCCUUUGCCAAGAGCGAGGUCGGCGCCAAGAGGGGCGUGCUGGCCGAGGGCUGUCUGGUCGUGGACUCGCUGGGCGACGCGGCCAGGUCGCGCCUGCUGACGUGGUACGUCAACACCGAGCUCCGUGAGUACCGGCAGGUGUUCAGGGGCAACGACGAGGCAGGCAACCUGGACAACAUCGGGCGGCGGUACGCGUGGUUCAAGCGCAUGAUGAAGACGCACGACGACGAGCACGCCGCCAUAUUCCCCGCGCACUGGCGGGUCAACGAGACGCUGGCGGCCGCGUUCUGCGACGGUACGCGCGACGACUUCAAGGUCAUCCUGGAGCGUAGCAUGCGGCGCGGCAGCGAGGGCCCGAAGCUCGACGUCAACCUCCUGCUCAGCUGCCUGCAGGAGACGCUCGAUUUUGAGCAGAGCCUGGAGAAGCGCUUCGCCGGGGAGCCGCGCGCCAGCAUCGACACGCUCAGCUCGACCGACGACAGGCCGCAUACCUUCAACGGCACCGUCUCGGUCGCCUUUGAGCCCUACCUGAGCCUGUGGGUCGAGGCCCAGGACAGGCAGCUGGCGGGCAUGAUGCCGCGGUACCGCAACCAACCCCUCGUUCCCGACGACGAGGAAUUCUCCCCGCAGGCCGUCAUCCCCUCGGCCAUCGAGCUCUUCCACUUCUACAAGCUCACGCUGUCCCAGUGCGCCAAGCUGUCUACGAGCGACCGGCUGCUCGAGCUGUGCAGGGUCUUUGCCAAGUAUCUGGACGAGUACGCGCAGCAGGUUCUUCUGCGCAUCCUGCAGAGGGGUGGCGGCGGCGCCCCCGUGCAGAAUGUGGUGCUGGUCCUCAACACGGCCGACUUUUGGCACCUGAACACGAACCAGCUCGAGGAGAGCAUCAAGAAGAGGAUCGACGCGGAUCUCGCGACCAAGGUCGAUCUCUCCUCUCAGUCUGACUCGUUCCUGGGCGUCGCCCGCGCCGCCGUCCUCGCCCUCGUCCACAUUGUCGAGGUCGACUGCGAGGGGGUCUGGCGCGAGAUGAGGAACACCAACUGGAGCACCAUGGACAGCGCGGGCGAUCAGAGCACGUACGUGGGGGAGCUGGCAAAGCACGUCGACGACAGAACGCGCGAGAUCCUCGCCAUCAUCGCCAAGCAGCAGUACGCCAGGGCCUUUUGCGACAACCUUGUCGACCACCUGGCCUCGACCUACAUCGGGAGCAUUGUUCAGUGCCGUCCCAUCUCGGAGACGGGUGCUCAGCAGAUGCUGGUGGACAAGUACGCCCUGACCAAGUCGUUUAGCAAGCUCAUCCUGCAUCACAACCCGUCGCCGGAGCAGCAGACGCCGCCAGCCAGCUUCGUGCGCAGAGUAGAGCACUGCAUGAACCGCAUGGACCCUCUGCUCAAGACGCUGCAGGUCCGCGCGUCACCGCCCGAGGGGCUGGUGCAGGCGUACCUCAUCCACAUCGGCGACCGAUCCGACACCAACUUUAGGAAGAUCCUGGACCUCAAGGGCGUCCGCAAGCAGGACUACUUCCACCUCGUGGAGCUAUUUGGAAUCCACCGCGACAGCGGUUCAAACGGACAGCUCGCCGCCAACUCACCACUCCUGACGCCCCUCAUGAAUCCCGCAGCGGCGGCGACCCAGGCGGCGUCGUCGUCAUCGUCGGCACCGGCGUCCACGGGACACGGCAGCGGAGGCGGAUCCCUCAGCAGCGCGACGCCACUGUUCGACACCGGUUCCCUGGGCGAGAAGCUCCUGAGUGCGGCGAGGGACAUCGGCACGGCGGCGGGACCGAGCGGGGCCGAGAGGGCGACGAUGAAUGAGAACCUGCGCAACUUUGGGAGGUUUUUCAAGAGGGAUAUCGGGGGGCUGGGGGCUAGAUUUGGCAUGCGAGAUGGGAGCGAGGAUGGGUUACGGUGA